CACACUUGACUCUCAAAUUUGAUGUUCUCAGAGGAACGCACAAUUAGGUUCUCACUUGGCAGCACACACCUGUUCACACUCACACUCUCCUCCCCGCAAACAAUACUAGUCCGCCGCCGCCGCCCACCUCCGCGAGAAACCUACUUCUUAUCCGCAACUCGACCAGCCUCCCCGCGACCAACGCCGCCUCCGUAACAGUGAGAGCAAGAUUUUCGUUGAAGGUGGGCUGGGUUGGGCCAGUCCAUUGAGGAGGUGGGCCAAAGUGGGCUGGGUCAAUCAGGUUGGGCUGGCCUGUUUUUACAGCCCUAUUCGUAACCACAUUUUCAGGAAGGUUUUUUGUUUAGGCAAGAUUUUGCAAAGGCAUGUCUGCUUUGAGCAGCACAGUCCAUUCCUACAAAAAUUUUCCACUUCUGGCAACUGUGAAAGAUUAUCAUGGGAACGUUCCACCAAAGAUAUUCUAUUGGGAAAGCUUAAGUUUGCUUUGAGGAAUCAUCAGGUGCAUGAAGCAUGGGAGUCCUUUCAGGAUUUUAGAAGCCUUUAUGGUUACCCUGAGGUUCAUCUACUGAACCAAUUCAUUGUUCAAUUGUCCUAUUCUUCCAAUCAUGUUUGGAUGCGAAAAGCUUGUGAUUUGGUGUUGCAGAUUGUUAGAGAGAAGUCUGGUUUACUUCAUGAUGAUACCUUAACCAAACUUGCACUUUCCCUUGCUAGGUUGCAAAUGCCAUCCCCUGCCUCAGCGAUUCUUAGGUUGAUGCUUGACAAAGGGUGUGUGCCCUCUAUGCAUUUAUUGUCCUUGGUUGUUUUUCAUAUUGUGAAGUCAGAAAUUGGAACACAUCUUUCAUCCAAUUAUCUGUUUCAAGUUUGUGAUCUUUACAAUUGCUUGAAUGAUAAGAAGGUUCACCAUGCAGUCACGGUCAAGCUGGAUACCUUGGUCUUUAACCUUGUUCUUGAUGCUUGUGUGAAGUUUAAAUUGUCUUUAAAAGGCCUGAGACUGAUUGAAUUAAUGUCGCUGACUGGGACCAUGGCUGACGCACACUCCAUUGUAAUAAUUUCUCAGAUUCUAGAGAUGAAUGGUCUGAGAGAUGAAAUGCAGGAAUUGAAAGACCAUAUUGACAGAGUUUCGGCUGCUUAUGUUUGUCACUAUUGUCAGUUCUAUGAUAGUUUGCUGAGCCUGCACUUCAAAUUUAAUGACAUUGAUGCUGCAGCUAAGCUUGUUCUAGAUAUGACUAGCUCGCAUAAUUGUAAUGUUAAGAAAGAAUAUGGGAAACACUUGCAAAAUCCUUGUUUUAUUUCCAUUGGAUCUCCUAACCUCAGGACUGCAUUGAAGAUACACAUUGAACCUGAGCAAAUGUGUAAGGAUUUUGUCCUUAAGGUUGAAAGCAGACAGGUUCUGAUCUUUUAUAGGGGUGGGAAACUAGUUCUUAGUAAUAGAGCCUUGGCUAAGUUCAUCAGUGGUUACAAGAAAGAUGGGCGGAUUGGUGAACUUUCAAAACUCUUACUUAUUAUUCAAGGGGAAUUAUGUUCAGUGGCAGGCUCCAGUUUGUGUUUUGAUGUAAUCAGUUCUUGUAUUCAAUUAGGAUGGCUUGAGUGUGCUCAUGACAUUUUGGAUGAUAUAGAGGUUACUGGUUCUCCAAUGGGUCAGGAUAUGUAUCUUUUACUUGUGUCAGCAUACCAGAAGCAGGGAUUGCAAAGAGAAGCAAAGGCACUACUGAAACAAAUGAAAAAGGUUGGUUUGCUGGACAAAGCGUUAUCUGAUGAUGCUACGGACAAACACAACCUCUGUGAAGAAACAUUAAAUUCACUUGGUAAAACAGAUUUGGCCAUUGCCUUAGCUCAAAUAUUGAAAGAUGAAGAUCGGACAGUUUUUCCUUUGGUGUAUAACUUCAAUUCUUCCAUUUUCUUUUUCUGCAAGGCCAGAAUGAUAGAGGAUGCAUUAAAGGCAUAUAGAAGAAUGCUUAGCGUGAAUGUUCAGCCCACAAGUCAAACUUUUGCCUUUUUAAUGUGUGGAUAUUCUUCUCUUGGUAUGUUUCGUGAGAUCACAAUCUUGUGGGGAGACAUUAAGAGAUUCAUGAAGAGUGACAAUCUAGUGGGAAAUAGAGAUCUCUAUGAGUUACUAUUGCUAAACUUUCUUCGAGGUGGUUACUUUGAGAGAGUGAUGGAGGUCAUUAGCCAUAUGAGAGACCAUAACAUGUAUGCUGACAAGUGGAUUUACAAAAGUGAGUUCCUUAGACUUCAUAAAAAUCUUUAUAGGAGUUUAAAAGCAUCAAAUACGAGAACAGAAGCCCAAAGCAAGCGGCUUGAGCAUGUUCAGGAGUUUAGGAAAUGGGUGGGUAUUGAUUAAAGGUCUCUGAUGAAUAUUCAUGUGCCGUUGUACCUCCAUGUUUUCCAGCAAACUCGUGUUAAGAAGGCCAAAUUUCUAAAUCCAGUGCUGUGCUAAUGAAUCCCUAAACAUGUCAGAGUUUGGCCCCCAAUACUAUCGAAGCAGGAUAGGUUGUUCAUUGCGACAAAAUGAUAACUAAAUGAGGCUGAUGAAAGUAAUAAUUCCCUAUCCAAUCCAACCAGAGUUAGUCAGAAACCAACUUUAUCUGCAGGAGAACUGGAUGAAUCAAAUCUCACCUGCAUUAUGCAGCAGAAGUUUCAUUUAGGGGAAGAGAUAUGGAACGUCUUGAUUACUCUAUUUUGUUGAUGACUAAAUUAUGGCAUCAUACUGUUAAUAUAAAGGUUUCUUUUAUUUCUUUGUAGAAUACUGCUGCCAUAGAAAGCUUGGCAUAAAGUUAAUACUUGUAUAAAGUUUCACAUUUUUUAAAUUAGGUUGUUGUUUAAACUUUACUGUUAUUAAAGUGAAUGUAAUUGACCAAUAGCUAUUUCAUAAGCCAAAACCCGCAAUUUGGUUUUGAAUACAAAUUGUUUUUCCAAUGGAAAAGAAAGUAAAUCAAAUGAAGUUUCAUUGUCAUAA